AUGGACUCCAAGGUUGAGACCAUAGCUCGGCUUGCUCAAUGGAGAAUCGACAAUUUCGGGCCUUCUACUUACAGACGAUCCGACCCUUUUAAAAUUGGACUCUGGAACUGGCAUCUGUCGAUUGAGAAGAAUCGGUAUAUGUAUAUCCGUUUGUUCCCGGAGCCAUCACGAGUUUCCAAAGAACAGCCGCCGGUAGCCCGGUUCGUUUUGCGGGUCACUACCACCGGGACCAAUCGGAAGCCUUACAUUUCUCCCAUUCACGAGAGACUGCUUAGGACAAGUGAUGAUUUUGUCUGGCCCAUUGAUACUACUUUCCUGGGUCGGUUUAUCAUUGAUGUUGAGUUUCUAGACCUGAAGAUUUUCCCUACCAAUGGUGGAGAAGGGAGUCCUGUAUGGCCAAGUGAUGGUAUCAUGCACUCUUUAUCGACCAAGAGCACUCUCCGAUGCCUCGCUCGCAUGCUUGCUGAGUCUAUCCAUGCUGAUGUUACUAUCAACACUGCAGAUGGAAGUGUGUGUUCUCACAAAGCUAUUCUUUCUGCCAGUUCUCCUGUCUUCCACAGUAUGUUCCUCCACAAUCUCAAGGAGAAAGAGUCCUCCACAAUUGAAAUAGAGGAUAUGUCCACAGAAGCUUGCAAUGCCCUUCUGGGUUACUUAUAUGGUACCAUACAACAAGAAGAUUUCUGGAAGCAUCGAUUGGCAUUGCUUGGUGCAGCAAACAAGUAUGACAUGAAGGACCUGAAAGAUGCCUGUGAAGAAAGUCUCCUCGAAGAUAUCAACACAGAGAAUGUUCUGGAAAGGUUGCAGGAGGCCUGGCUUUAUCAGCUCAACAAGUUGAAGAAGGGGUGUUUGAUGUAUCUGUUUGAUUUCGGCAAAAUUUACGACAUCAAAGAUGAAAUCAAUAACUUUUUCAAGCAAGCAGAUCGCGAUCUUAUGCUAGAGAUGUUCCAGGAAGUGCUCACUGUGUGGAAACCAGCAUAA